AUGACUGGAACUCAUCACGCCGCCGUCCUCCCACAGAAGGGAGGUCCCCUGUCUGUUGAGGAACGCGCCACACCCGAGCCCGGUCCAAAUGAAGCUCUCAUAGAAGUCAAGGCUGUCGCCUUGAACCCUGUCGACUAUUACCAGCGUGACUUCGGCAUUCCUCCUGUCCCUAUCUACCCUGCUGUGAUCGGGUCCGAUACUUCAGGUCUCGUCGUGAAGGUAGGCUCGAAUGUCACCACUGCACCCGCACCAGGAAGCCGAGUUAUUGCGUUCGCCUCCUCCUUCUAUCAAAAUGGCUCGGCAGACCACGGCGCCUUCCAAAAAUACGCCCUAGCACAAUCUGAAGGCGUCAUUGCACUUCCAGACAACCUCUCGUUUGAGGAGGGUGCUGUACUCCCCUUAGCUGUCUUAACCAGCUUAACUGCCUGGACCACAAUCGGCAUCUCGCUCGGCACCAAGUACACCCCGCAGGAUAAACAGGCGGUGCUGAUUUGGGGUGGAGCUAGUAGCGUUGGCACUUUGUCCGUUCAAUCGGCCAAGUCACUCGGCUUCACGGUCUACGCUACCGCUAGUCCCAAACACCAUGAUUACCUUAAGAAGCUCGGAGCGCGCGCGGUUUUCGGCUACAAAGCGGGUGAUGUCGUCUCACAGAUCGUUGAAGCUGUGAAGAAUGAUGAUGUUAAUAUGUACACUGCACACUGCGUUGUUGAUGGAGGUCUGCAGCCAACUCUGGACGUUCUUAAAGAAACGAAGGGCGAUGCAGCCGCCAAGGUUGUCCAUUCGCCUAUGCUUCCCCCAGAUCAUCCAACGCUUGAGAAUACGGAGAUUACGUUCAAUUUCCCAUCAAUGGAUCCGACUGAAAGGAGCAAGCAUAUCUAUCAGUGUUUCCAUGAAUGGCUAAAUGACGGUCUGCAGUCCGGUUCAGUUGUUCCCAGCCCGGCUCUUCAGAUUGAGGUUGGCGGGCUAGACGGUUUGAAUGCAGCACUGGAUAAGUUGAGGGCUGGUGUCAGCGGGGCUAAGAUUGUUUUGCCAAUCUGA